CGAAGUGUAGAAUUAUAAUCUGGGAGGCGAUUUGGCAGAUCCACAGUUAAAGGCGCACUCUCUCUUUCACGAAUUCACGAGUAGAAUUGAAAGAGCCUCCUGCAGCGCAUACCAUUUGAGUGUUCCCCCCCCUUUUCGGUGGUAACGGUCAGACAGAGGAAUGUGCCUCGCUGUGGUGAAACAACUCCAUCCCGGGUCUCUCCCCUGCCUUCUCGGGUCUGUCGGUGCUGCCGGACUCCUUCACUGGUGGGCGUCUUGACUGCUGAAGCCCUCGCGGGCCUUCAUUUGCAUAUAGAGGACGCCUCCGCCAAUCACCGCAGAGACCUGGGGAGGUCUCCCCUCCCUCCCUGCCUGCUCGCGCCCGCGCGGACAGUGACAGCAGCUGUAGCCAGUGGCUGCUAGGAGACAGCCAGCCUGCGAGAGUGCGGCUCCGAGAGCAGCUGCCCUCCUUUCCUUCUGAUUUCCCUCUGUACCCCCCCCCCCUUCUCCCUUGCAAGUGCAUCGCACUCCACUCCACUGUGACAAGGAACUGAGUGAGAGGAGGGUUUUUCCUCUUUAUCUAAUCUAUUUUUUUUUUUACAAAUCAAAAGGAUGUCGGUGGCCGGGCUGAAGAAGCAAUUCCACAAAGCAAGUCAGAUCAGUGUUUUAGUGUGUCAUCAGAAUGAAGUGUCUUGCCUAAGGUCCCAUGGCAGUGCCCCACCUGGGACUUGAACCCACAGUCUUCCUGUUCUGAGCCCAGAGCCCCUAACCACUGUUCUACACUGGUGCAUCUGAAAGCUAUUCAGUGAAAAGAUUAGUGGGGCUGAAGGAACAAAACUGGAUGAAGAUUUCAUGGAAAUGGAAAGGAAAAUAGAGGUCACCAACAAAUCUGUCAUGGAUCUCCUAUCAAAAACCACAGAAUACCUUCAACCAAAUCCAGCAUACAGAGCCAAGCUUGGCAUGCUGAACACUGUGUCCAAGAUUCGAGGACAGGUGAAGACUACGGGCUAUCCUCAGACAGAGGGGAUACUGGGGGACUGCAUGCUGCGUUAUGGCAAGGAGUUAGGAGAGGAUUCAACAUUUGGGUGUGCAUUGGUUGAUAUUGGUGAAGCCAUGAAACAAAUGGCUGACGUGAAAGACUCACUGGACAUCGGUGUUAAACAGAACUUUAUUGAUCCCCUACAAACAUUACAAGAAAAAGAUUUAAAAGAAAUUGGGCAUCAUUUAAAAAAACUUGAAGGUCGUCGAUUAGAUUAUGAUUACAAAAAGAAGCGUCAGGGUAAGAUACCGGAUGAAGAAAUCAAACAAGCUGUGGAGAAAUUCGAAGAGUCCAAAGAGCUGGCUGAAAGAAGCAUGUUCAACUUUUUAGAAAAUGAUGUGGAGCAGGUGAGUCAGCUGUCAGCCUUAGUUGAAGCAGCACUAGACUAUCAUCGCCAGUCUCUGGAAAUUCUUGAAGAGCUUAACAACAAAUUACAGAGCAGAAUAACAGCAGCAAGCAACCGCCCUAAAAGAGAAUUCAAACCAAAAUCCAUAAUGACGAGCUUAGAGACCAUCGAUAACCAGCAGCACAAUGGAUUGUCAUACAGUUCAUCAUUCAAGUCCUCAGAUGCCCAGACCAACCACACUGUAAAUGGAAACACACAAGUCUCACCCAUGUCCUUCUCAUGGCCCCAGAGCACAGAGAGCAAUCGGUCUUCUGUUCAUAUGGACCAGCCCUGCUGUCGAUCACUGUAUGAUUUUGAACCUGAAAACGAGGGGGAGCUGGGGUUCAAGGAAGGAGACAUCAUCAUUCUCACCAACCAGAUUGAUGAGAACUGGUAUGAGGGCAUGAUCAAUGGAGAAUCAGGCUUCUUCCCCAUCAACUACGUGGAUGUUAUUGUGCCUUUGCCACAGUAAAAAAACAGCAGUCAAAACUUUUUUUUUAUUGAAACUGUGGAACCAAAUUCAUAGUUCUAAAUUAAUUUACAGAGACAUUUCCUUAAUGUCGCGUUCUGUGAAAGCCUUGCUUUUUGACUGACAGACUUUUCUAUGUCUUAUUUUUCAAGUAUUUAUUUUGUACAUUUUUCAUUUGUAACGAAAGUGGAACUACUUUUCCAGGCAACAUACGACAUACCAUUUGUAUGCCUUGAUUUAUUUGAAGAAAAGUGGUAUUUCAUGUAUCGGGGUUGGUAUUUUCUGUUGCUAUCUCAGUACCUUUCUGCUAUAAUGUGGAAUAGUUUAUUACCUGCCUGCCGUGGUCUUAUGUGUUUUUCUGAAACACAAUUUUAAACUGUGAGUAUAUAACUAACUGUACUUCUAUGAAUGAUUGUCCUCACUGAGUCCUUCUGUUUACAUGGUAUAACUUAUUGUGAUACAAAGGAGCAUCAUGAUAAAUAUUGCCAAGUCUGUGUUCAAUGGGGGCAAACCUCUUAUUUGCACUCACCUUAUAAGUGCUUUUUAUGUAUUUUAUAUUGCACUAAAGCUUUACAUUUGACUCCCAUAAAUACACAUGCAAACUGUAACUGGUUUUCAGGUUCACGGUUAGUUACAGAGGUCAUAUCUAUAAUGCAGCUAUGUGGCUGUUAUCUGGAUUUACAGUACAUGCUCUUGACUCUGUACUGAUAAACAGAAUAUAAAGAUUUUCAUUCUUUUGCUUCUCUCCCCACUGUUAUUGGUUGUAGCUUUAGUUAGAGUAAUUGCAGAUACUAAGAAGGAAACACUCUCCAUCACAUCUACAGACUGAGAGUAGUGUAAGUAUUAAAAAAUGUAAAACUGUGAAAAUAUAUCAUUGUUUUAACAGGGCUGAUUAUAUCAAAUCCAGGGAAAACCAGUAAAUCUUCACAGUGUCUGGGAUGCAAAAAGCAACAGAUAAAAACCUUUAUUAAAACAAUAUAUAGCUGUGCUAUAAACUAUUAUAACUAUGCCACACCUUUAAACUCUGCAAUUUCAAUUUUUUUCUUACUCUUAGCUUAUAUAUCUAUAAGAUUUCAAGAUAUUAAUCUUAGCAUUAUUUUCUAUUUAAAGCUGGUUCUGCAAUCCAAAAACAUUCCUGUUUUCCAAAAUAUAGGUCAGGAAAUGACUCCCCAAUUCAGUACACAGCUAGAAAUACCUGAAAAUAAUGUACCAAACAGUUGCUGGACCAAAUUAACAGAUUGUUCUUGAAGAAUUAUAGUCAUUUGAAGAAAGAAGAAUUGCCCUUUGAAGGAAGUACAGGAAAUCUGUUUAUUCAGAAACUUUAGUAAAUUGGACAAGGAGUAACAGGUAUUCUGGAAGUUUAAUUAAAAGGAUUUCACAAUUUAUCUGUUACAGAGGCUAUUUUUCACCCAGACCCAUAGUAAUUGGAACCAUGAUAAAUGGACUAAACUUUCCUUUUCCUUAACUGAUCAGCCUUCCAAGGCAGAGCAAUUUGAGCAGUGUGAUUAUUUAAAGCCUUAGAAUCUAAACAUUAAAAUAUUUCUUUUAAACCGAAAAUACUGCAGUUCUCUCAGUGUUAGUUUUUAAUGAAUUCAAGCUCCAUUUAAAGAUGGUAAAGGGACAGAACCAUUAAAGCAAUAGAAUUGUGUUAGUUCACAUUUCUCUAAUGCCUCAGUGGGUGUUAUAUUGCUGAAAGGGUUAUUUUAGUAGCUUCAGAACACUAAGUUCUUAAUUCAGUAUUUCCAACUCUUUUAUUCCAAUUUUAUCAUUACUUGCUGUUACUCUGCUGUCACGUUUCUCACUUGGUUGAUACAACAGUGGCAGUAAAUGAAACUGUUUCUUCUUUCCUGCAGCAUACAGUAAUUUAUACAGAAGUGUUUUAUAGAUGUUGUAAAUGCAUAUAAAAAUGAAUAUAUUCCUUAAAUAAAUCACAAGCAAAUAUUGAACAAA